AUGUCAGCAUAUUCAGAACUAUCGAUACGUCAAAUAAACAUCAAUUUUAUUUUAUCCUUUGUUGCUUUCUGCUCGGCAGCACCAAGUGGCGGUUAUGAUUAUCCCAGUCAGAAAAGCGUAACUACAAGUUAUGAAUCUCCCACAUGGAUUAACAAACGUUUCUUUAUUCACUCCGCACCCGAAGAAGAAGGUUUCGAUGUCCAUCAUCAUGAUAUAUCCGUUGGAACUCCACGCAAAAAUUACAAUGUCGUCUUCGUCAAAUCGCCUGCUGAGAAGCAACAAAAUAUUAAAGUUCGUGUGACGCCUGCUGUUAACGAAGAAAAGACUGCCGUUUAUGUGCUUUCCAAGAAGACUGAUGCUCCUCUUCUCGAAACGUAUGUCCAAGAACCUGUCACUACUACAAGCAAGCCAGAGGUUGCUUUCAUUAAAUAUCGCACCAAUGAAGAAGCCGAACAUGUUCAACAUCAAAUUCAGGCUGAAUACGAUCGUUUAGGUGGCUCCAGCAUUGCUUCUGAUGAAGGUGUCUCUGCUAUAAAAUCAGUUAUUGGUAUUUUAGAUAGUUUGCAACAAGGCGGUGCAAGUGGUUCUGUAAAUGCAGCUGAUUCCUCAUCUAGUGCAUAUUUACCUCCUACGGAGAGUCAUUGA